GUCACAUAGUGAUUGCAUUUAAUUUUGUUCGGGGUCGUUAAUUGUUAUCUUUAUUUUCUUUUCUUAUCUGAAAAGUUAGCGUUUAAAAUCUUCUGAUUUUCUCCCCAAGAUUAUAGAUUUCCGCUAGUUUUGUCGGCCGGGGUUUGGUUGAAAUCUUCAGCUGAACUAUGAUAUGAGAUGGCUAGUUGUGCUGCUAUCAUUAAUUUUGUGUAUCCGUUCCGGCAAGUCUUAUAGGUGCAAUGAGCAAAAGGAGUGUUCGGGAACUGACCAAUGCUGCAACACUCGGAGCUUCUUCAACAUCUGCUGUCCCCAAACCAGCACGUGCUGCGCCAACGGUCCCCGGGCCAAGUGUUGUGGUCCUCUAGACUCCUGCUGCGCUAACCACAAAUACCGGGGGGUUGCUUGCUGCCCCUCUAGAUACAGAUGUUGCGGAGCGGGUCGGUACGGAGGGCUCCGUAAUGCGUGCUGCUACAAAGUACCAGUGUGGUUGUGGAUUAUUAUGGGAAUAUCUCUCUCGUCUAUCUUGCUGAUGUUACUGCUGUCACUUGUUGAGUGUAUGGUGGAGGAACAGGCUAACAGGACGCCAAGUAAUCGAGAUAGCUAUGGGAACGCUUACCACGACAACCCACACGACUACGGGACGUAUAGUAACUACAACAGUAACGACUUGUACAACGAACCACGUGGUUACACCACCCCUCCACCCUCCUACACCACCCCACCUCCCAACUACGACCAGUCAGUCACCCCCAACAGGACCACAUCUAACCAGGGUGGAGGUGGGGUACAGCGGGGUGAGACACAACAACAUGAAGCGACAGACAGUCUCGAUCAGUCAGAUUUGAGUGGGGUGUUGGCUGAUGCUGAGACCUCCAGGACUGAUACGGAGGGAACUGAUUUGGAGAUGUCAGUGUCGCUGAAUGAGUCACAUGAUGUGUCACGCGACACAUAUGAGGAGUCGCGCGACACACGUGAUACACGUGAGGAGGCAGGGCUGGUGUCUCCGUUAGGGAACAUGUGGGACAGGUACUUGACAAGAAAACUAAAAAGGAGGAGUAGAAAUUCUAGAGACGGUGAUAAAUCUGGAGAAGAAGAACAAAGCACUUCAACUUAUUUUACUGGUACGACAUCACAGUUGACACUAGACAGUGGGAUAGCUGGCGAGGCUAUCUGUAGUGAUAGUGACAGUUCAUUUCACUGCAGCUCUUGGGAGGACGAGGAGGAAAUUAGACAGGGGAACUCGAUUGUUUACGAGUUGAACGGUAAGAAGGGAGUCACAAAAGUACCUCGACUACAAAAUCUAGUUCAAACGGACAGACAGACAGACACACAAACAGAUGCACAGACAAACACACAUGAAGACAAGGAAAAAUACCAUAAACAUGUUAAAUAG